AACUUCACUUAUUAUCGCCCAUUUUGCAAAGAAAGUUACAAAAUUAUUAAUAUUUGUUUUAAACCAUGCUUAGACGGUCUAUAAGCGGGCUUGGUAAGUUGCUAACUGCAACAUGUUCACAGGGUCGUGAGAUACAUCACACUGCACAAUGUAUGAGUCCAUUGAUUCCUAUGGUGAUUGAACAGACAGGACGAGGAGAGAGAGCCUAUGAUAUAUAUUCCAGGUUACUGAAAGAUCGCAUCAUUUGUGUCAUGGGACCAAUAACAGAUGACACUGCAAGUCUAGUGGUUGCUCAGCUGCUCUUCCUACAGUCAGACAGUGACAGAAAACCUAUACACAUGUACAUAAAUAGUCCAGGUGGCUCUGUGACCGCAGGCUUAGGAAUAUAUGACACAAUGCAAUAUGUCCUGCCACCAAUUGCUACAUGGUGCGUGGGGCAGGCAUGCAGUAUGGGAUCACUCCUCCUGUGCGCAGGGGAGCCUGGGAUGAGACAUUCUUUACCAAACUCAAGGGUGAUGAUACACCAACCAUCAGGCCAAGCUGCUGGUCAAGCAACAGAUAUACAGAUACAGGCUGAGGAGAUUCUUAAGAUGAAAAAACAAAUAAAUCAACUCUAUGUUAAACAUACCUCUCAACCUCUUGAAACAAUAGAGAAGAAUUUAGAAAGGGACAGAUUUAUGAGUCCAGAUGAGGCUAAAGAAUUUGGACUUAUUGAUGAAGUAUUAAAAUCACCACUUGGUGGAGAAAAAACUGAAGAAAGUAAAAAAUAAAUGAAAACAUUAGCAGUACAAUAAGGAAUUAACGCACAUUGGACAAGGAGAUAUUUUAUAGGGAAAUGCUGUGUUUAUGGCUUCAAAAGUCAUUAUUAUGAAGACUCAAAUAAAUUGCUGGUUAAGACUUAUGGUAUGUUUAUUAUUGGAGGAGGUAGAUAUAUGUGUGUUAUGCUCCAGUACACAAUUGUGAAUUGUUAAUGUCCAGAACAUUGCACCUGUACUUUUUCCUCAUGAAUUUUUGACCACCGCAUCAUCCUCUAGGUUACAGCCAUUUACAUACCUGCCAACCUACCGUAUUUUUACGGGAAUCUACCAUAAAUUUUUCGUUUUCCGUAAAAAAAAGACAAACUACCAUAAAAAUACCAUUUUUUCCCCUAAAAAUGCCCGUAAAAAAAUCUACCGUAUUUUUUCCGAAAUCGACUGUAAAUUUUUUUUAAAAACUCGUUUUUUUCCAUGAGAA